UUUUCCCACUAUCGAGUUGGCAACACUGCCUCCUGUGUGUACACCAACAGCCCACAGUUGGCAACACUGCCUCCUGUGUGUACACCAACAGCCAUCAUCUCUACAGUUGAGUAUGUGGGCUGCAGCAUCAUCUUGUAUCUCAGAGUCAGAACUUGUGAGGUUGUAAACGCUCCCCCUCCCCCCCUCAGACUCCUUUCAAACUGUGUUCACCAUCUUAUUGGUCACCUCGUCCCAUGCAGCAACACGAAUGUUUUCCAAGGUGUAAAACUGUAUUAAGAAAUUUUAAAAAAUCAACUACCAAGGGAAUGAAGACUGGCGGAGACUUACGCGAACACCUGGUGGACCUUACAGAUGGUGGGAGCCGGCCUGGAGACUCAGGUGCAGAUAAACAGCCACAACACAAGAGUACUCCUGGCCGCAUGAAGCUUGAGAAGUGGCUGCACUCAUCCAUGAAGAUAGAGAUGACAGAUGGCCGUACUCUUGUUGGUUCCUUCGUGUGUACUGACAGAGAUAAUAACAUCAUCCUUGGAUCAUGUACAGAGCAUCUCAGACCAGAUGAGGAUGGAAGAGAAGAGGAGCCACGAGUCUUGGGGUUGGCUAUGAUUCCUGGCCGUCAUAUUGUUUCAAUCUGUAUCGAUGAAGCCUCACAACCCCCACAGCCUCCCACAAGCAUGUACACUUAAUGUGUUGUGUUGUUAUUGAAUAUCAUGAUUUUCUACUAAACCAAAACAAUGUAAACUGCAGUUUGAAGUUGUGUAAAAUGUAAAGAAAGACUGUUUUUGGCCACUAUUAAUGUAUGAGAAGCACAUAGGUUGCCCUCCUCAAUUGCAUGGCGUAUGUUACUUGGGAAGACCAUGACUGAGGAACCCAUUAUUAGAUGAUGGAAUAAGGCUUUGGUUCUUAACUUGGGGGCGUGCCAGUCUUUCAGGGUAUGGGGGGGGGGGGAAUUGAACAUUAAUGACUGAAUAUAUAUUCUCACAAAAUAAAUUUGUAAUUUAUACUUUGGCAAGGCAAUGUAGGGCACGAUAAACUCUUAACUUUAUGUAGUGUUGCCAGAGAUGUCAUUCUAUUUCAUGGUCCCCCACAAGGGUAAUAUAAAAAAUUUUGUAGGUGAAAUUCAGUAAUAGAAAGACUAACAUAAAAUUUUAAAUUAAGAAGAAAAAGUAAUGUCGGUGUUUGAAAACAUAUCAGGGCUGCAGUUGUGUUUAACUGGGCUGGGACAGUGUUACUGGAGCCUGGGGUUCCCAAUUUAUUUUUCAGCUCUUCCUAAAUAACUAUAAAGAUACAUUUGCAGA